CACUUGCACCGUGAGCUCCUGGCAUCAUGGGGAGGCAGCGGGACGUGCUGACAGCCAUUGGGAGGAGGCUGCGGAUCAGGAACAAACUUGUCCGGCAGGCCCUGGCUGAAUGUCUGGGCACGCUGAUCUUGGUGAUGUUUGGUUGCGGUUCAGUGGCCCAGAUCGUGCUCAGCAAAGGAAGCCAUGGACGUUUCCUGACGGUCAACUUGGCGUUUGGUUUUGCUGUGACGCUUGGAAUUCUGAUUGCUGGACAAGUCUCAGGUGGACAUUUGAACCCUGCCGUCACUUUUGCUAUGUGCUUUAUGGCCCGCGAACCCUGGAUCAAGUUUCCGGUUUAUGCCCUGGCGCAGACUGUUGGGGCUUUUCUAGGAGCCGGCAUCGUGUUUGGCUUAUACUUUGAUGCCAUCUGGGCUUUUGGUGAUAACCAACUCUUUGUACUGGGCCCCAAUGGGACAGCCGGCAUCUUUGCUACCUACCCAUCUGAGCAUUUGAAUUCUUUGAAUGGAUUUUUUGACCAGUUCAUUGGCACUGCAGCAUUGCUGGUUUGUGUUCUGGCCAUUGUGGAUCCUUACAACAACCCUGUCCCAAGAGGGUUGGAAGCAUUUACAGUUGGCUUUGUCAUCCUGGUUAUUGGAACAUCCAUGGGGUUCAAUUCUGGUUACGCUGUCAACCCAGCCCGAGACUUUGGGCCCCGUCUCUUCACAGCCAUUGCUGGCUGGGGUACUGAAGUUUUCACCACUGGUAAGCAUUGGUGGUGGAUUCCCAUUAUUGCCCCUUUCCUUGGUGCCAUCGCGGGUGUUAUGGUCUACCAGCUGAUGAUAGGAUGCCAUGAUGAACCACCUCCCGAAUCCAAUGACGAGGAAAGCGUCAAGCUGUCCAAUGUGAAGCAGAGGGACAAUGUCUGAAGCUGCCAAGCAACACAGUUGCUCCCUGGACAUUUUAAAGAAAAAAUGAUAAAAAUUAAAAGACUGAAA